UUUCCUUUUGGUCUAAGAAGGCAAGUUUCGUGCUUUAACAUUCACAGCAUCCCCCCCUUAAAACCCUUUUUAAAAUAUCAUCUUCUCCAUAUCUUAGCUGUUACUUAUAAAUACAUUUCCCAUUCCUCUCCUAUUCAUUCAUUUCCAAACUAACACUCAUCCAUCUCCUUUGUCUUCUGCUAUAAACUUAGCACGAGAAAUAAUAAUAUAAAAACUGCAGCUAUGGCGGCUACAGUGGCCUUAUUUGUUAUGGCUUUUGGUAUCGUGUUGAGCUCGGUUGCAGCUGAUCCUGACUUGCUUCAAGAUGUUUGUGUUGCUGAUCUUACUUCUGGAAUAAAGAUAAAUGGUUUCGUCUGCAAAGAAAACAUAACAGCAGAAGACUUCUACUCUAACGUGCUAGCUAAGCCUGGGCUCACCAACAAUACCUUAGGUUCUCUAGUCACAGGAGCCAACGUUCAAAAAAUCCCAGGUCUCAACACCUUAGGAGUCUCUAUGUCUCGAAUUGACUACGCUCCCGGCGGCCUAAAUCCUCCCCACACUCAUCCACGCGCCACCGAGAUGGUCUUUGUCCUCGAAGGCCAGCUGGAUGUAGGGUUCAUCACCACCGGAAAUGUGUUGAUCUCAAAGACCAUCAGCAAGGGUGAGAUAUUUGUUUUCCCGAGAGGCUUGGUACAUUUCCAGCAGAACAAUGGAAAGUAUCCAGCUGCUGUGAUUGCUGCCUUCAACAGCCAGCUGCCAGGAACCCAGGCUAUAGCUGCCACAUUGUUUGCUGCCACACCCCCAGUUCCGGAUCAUGUGUUGACUAAGGCUUUCCAGGUGGGUACUAAAGAGGUCCAAAAGAUUAAGUCUAGGUUGGCUCCCAAGAAGUAAACAAAAGUCUUUUAGCUUUGUUCAUUCAAUGUUAUUGGUAUUUUAACAAUUUACGGGAUUUGUUGUGCUUUGAACAUUUGAAUUUGUUUCUCACUCUUGUCCUUGGAAAAUGAGAAUAAAGAUGUGUUACUCUCAA